UUUCCUUAUAAACAAAAUAGAGAGAGAAUUGAAAAAAAAAAAAAACCUAUAUAACCCUUCAAACUUCCCAUGGAAGUCUCGUGAUAUUCCAAAUUUCAUCGAGAAAAAUGGUUAAAAGGAGAAGUGCCGGGAAGAACAACUGUGUUGAUGGUGGAGGCGGCGGGAGCAACUACUGUCGACUCUCGGAUUUCGAUUUCACUGAUAAAGACCAACUCGUGGAGGCAGAAUCCCACAAAUUCGCCGCCAAAUUCGGGGCUAAAAGCCCUGGCAAAAAACCUGUACACAAUCGACGACUUGUUGACAAAUACCGCUUUCUCGAGUUCUUUGCACAUGGAACCACUCAAAGAAAGGAUUAUGGGAGUGAGGUGUGUUAUGUCGAUGCUAGUUAUGGUGCAUCCCGAAAAUUACUAAUGCGAUUAUCACCUGGUUCUUUGUACUUUUCGAUGAUCCUUGUUCUUUCUCGAAGCAGCAGGGUUCUAAAUGUUCCUCAUGGCAUACUAAAUCCCGUGGACCAGCAGGCCGGAAAGAACAAAGUACUGUAUGUAGAUUCUGAUGAAGAUGGACAAAUGGAUUUGAGAUCAUCAAGUUCUGUUGAUGUUGAAGAGAAUCAAGGUUCAUCAAAGAAACAAUCAUCAGACUCUGAAGCCAACAAGAAUGAUUGUGAAUCAGUGGUGGUUGUUUCACCCUAUUUUGUUAAAUAUGCGAACAAGCAUUAUAUGAGCUGUCACUUAAAAUUUUCUCAAAGGUGCAUUAGACUUGAGAUACCCCUUGGCGAGGGAAACAAAGAAAAUUUUCUUGAAUGGCCGACACGUGAUAUUAUGAAAAUUGAGCAUCAGCAAUGUAAAAGUGCUAAAGCCGAAUUUGUCAAUCUACACUUAAAAUCCAAAUGCAUAGUCAUUGCUGAUACUGGGAAUUGGAACUCAGGCAGCGUACAGCUUGAGUUUGUUGUUCAUGAUAAUUCUGAGUGGCCUGGGAAACUAGCGGCCAUAAAAUCAUUGGAUCUGAAAUAUGAAGCUGCUUGGGAAACUAUCAUAAAUGAAUGCAAUUUUGAUGAGUCCUUUGAAGGCAUAAUCUAUCCAGAUGGGGAUCCUGAUGCUGUCUUCAUAAGUAGAAAGGACAUCGAGCUAUUACAGCCAAAGACUUUCAUCAAUGAUACUAUUAUUGACUUCUAUAUUAAGUAUCUCGUAAAUAAUACUAACAAGGAGAAGCAGCGUAGGUUCCAUUUCUUCAAUACAUUUUUCUUUCAGAAGCUUCUGGAUAUGGAUCGGGAUCUGUCUCGAGAUUGUGAAAAUAGCGAUUCUUUUCAUCGCGUUCGUAAAUGGACGAGGAAUAUAAAUAUUUUUGAAAAAGAUUACAUAUUUAUUCCUGUAAACUUCAGCCUGCACUGGAGUCUGAUUGUUAUCUGCCAUCCUGGGGAAGUUGCUAACUUAAGAGGCAUGAUGAUUCUUUGCACAAACAAAGAUCUGGAUAGCAUAACUAAGGUGCCAUGCAUUUUGCAUAUGGACUCUCUAAGAGGAAGCCAUGGAGGGCUAGAGAAUCUUAUUAGGAGUUACUUGUGGGAAGAAUGGAAAGAGAGGGGGUAUAAACAAGAAAAUGACAUUUCACAAACGUUCUUGAAUUUGGAUUUUAUAGAGCUUAAGUUGAUAAUGGUGCUCAAAGGUGUACUAGCUGACAGGCUUAACCCAUUGUGGUUGCUUCCACAGCAAGAAAACUUGUUUGACUGCGGGCUCUUCUUGCUUCAUUAUGCAGAACUUUUUUUGGAGUUGAAUUUCGAUUCAACUAAAUACGUCAACUGUUGUUUUAUCAUGUGGAGGGAGAAUAAUGAAGCUGUUCUCUUUCUGCAGCUCAAUCAUGAUUGGUUCCUUGCUGCUGAGGUUUCUCUUAAAAAACGGGAUCAUAUUAAAAAACUGAUCCACGGGAUAGCUAAAGACAGAAAAAAUCAUAAUGAACAAUUUCAAAGUGGUGCUAGAAAUCAAGGAGACAGUAAUUCCAGUGAUGAAUUUGAGAUUAAAGAGCAACAAUCAUUCUCAGCCAUGUCAAAAAAUAACAGCUCAGUAAAUAAGGAUAAGCAUGAUAAGCUACGGGUGCCAAUUAAUCUUUUCCGCAACAUGACUUUGCCGAUGGAGGACACAUCAAACAGAUACAAAACCAGAGGAAAUUGUGAUCUGAUGCCCGAGCACUAUCCACCCAAUAAUUACAUAUCGCGAAAAAUGCAUAUCCUCGACAUGCAAAACAAGGAUGAUUGUGUUUGUGAAGUUGCAUCUUCCUUUGGAAGGCAGGGAAAGUGGCAUGGUAGCCUCUCGAUUUCGUCUGACGAUUUUGAGACCUGUGUUGUUGAGGAUUCUGAAGAAGAAAGCGAGACCGAAAAUGUUAGAAGGGCCAGAAAAUCCUCUUUACUGAUACAGUAACUGGUUUAUUUUUGUAAAAAUGUGUAUAUUCUGCAUGCUUCAAGGAGGAACAGAAGGCUGAACCUGUCCGUAAGGUUAUUUUGGUUAAAAGGCAUAUUAUUAAAAUAGGCGUUCUUUUAUCGUGAACGGGCCUUUGAUUAUGUGUUUGGGUGCGUUGAUGUAGGCAAAGAUUCAUUUAGGCAUUUUAACACAUGGGUCUAAGGCUUGUGUGUAUAUAUUUAUAUAUACGAGUAAAGUGCACGUGCGAUGCACUUGGUGGUGAAUGUGAUUUGUCG